AUGACAGUGACAGUACCGCAGGAUCUCCGGCUGGGAGAGCCAUAUGGUGAUCGUGCAAACAGUCUGUUGGUCCAAAUCCCAACAUGGGCGGACAUGGUCGAUUUUGGGCAGGGAAAGGCGCAGAUGAACCACGGCUAUCCACGGUCCAUUGUGCACCCUGAUAUCCGUCUGGUCCGCGACGACAAAGAAUGCACCGAUGCUUCCCUUCUAUUGUUCUCUGGUGCCCGGACGGCGCUUUCCUGCAAACAGUAUAUCCUCCAUCUCGCGCAGGCCACGGAUCGGCCAACCCUCGCCGAUUCGAUCCGGGUGUACGUGGUGGACUUCAGUGGGUUCUUGUGUCGUGACCAUCACGCUGCUCACUCGUCUGGAUCAACCCUUUAUGCCGUCCUCUACCCCAGUGCGGCUUGUCGGGAUGCUCAUGCGUUUUGGCAACGCGCGGGGCCAGGGAUAUCAUCAAGGUUGGCACAGCGAUGCCUGCGGUCCAGUUCUCGACCUCGGAUCCACCCAUUCACUGCUCCUACCACCGCCACCGCCCCUCCCGACACCCAUUCUGUGUACGAGAAACUCCGUUGUAGAAUUGCUGGCCAUGUGAGACACUGGUCGAGUGAUCCUCGGAUCACCAAGCAGGUCGCCCCCUCCGAUGUCUUCUUAUAUGCUUCCGGCAUGGCAGCCAUCUACCACGUGCAUCAGUCCAUUCUGGCCUGGCGAACCGGGGAGUCCGUGAAUGCCGGCCUCCUGUAUGGGCCGACCCUCAGUAUCCUGCAAGCGGAAGGUCAGGGGUUAAGGUCCUACAACCUAGGAACGGAGGCCGACUUGAAUCAUCUUGCUGCCCAGCUGGAGCUGGGAUCCGGGGAAGCUCGCGCGGUGCAAGCAAUCUGGUGUGAAUGUCCCAGUAACCUCACACUGCAGACGGUCAAUUUGCAGCGGAUACGUCGGCUGGCGGACCAACAUGGCAUUCCUGUAGUAGUGGACGACAGCAUUGCCAGCUUCGCCAACUUGGAUCUGUUGGGAGUGGCGGACAUUAUCGUCUCCUCGCUGUCCAAAUACUUCAGCGGAUAUGCCGACGUAAUGGCAGGAAGGCAAGUCAACGUCAUUCUGAAUCCGAAUUCUCCACACUACGCCGCCCUGCACAAGCAGAUAUCCGCCACAUACGAGAACAACCUCUUCGUCGAAGAUGCGAUCCGACUAGAAUCCAACAGCCGGAACUUCCUCCCUCGCAUGGAUCGAGUCAACAAGACAACGCAACACCUGGUCACCCAGCUUUUGCCUCUCGUCUCGGAUCCCGCGAGCCCAUUGACCCGCAUUUUCCACCCGUCCGUGUGCGCAUCCCGUCCGAACUAUGAGCGUCAGAUGCGUGCUCCCUCGUCUGAGAUGCCUCGCCCGGGGUAUGGAGGCGUCUUCACGAUGGAGUUCGCCGACAUCGCAAGCGCGUCCGUCUUCUUUGACCACUUACACGUCUGCAAGGGCCUCUCUUUUGGCGCGGAUGUCUGCAUCGCGUCGCCGUAUAUGCAGAUGACGGGGCAGGCCGGGAAGAAGCAGGCGUUGGUCAAUGGCACGAAUGAUACUAUCAUCCGGUUUGCCGUGGGGUUGGAGGAGCCUGAUGAGGUCCUGCACCGCAUCAACACCGCGCUAGACGCUGCGACGCUGGUGUAUAGGGCUAAGGGCCAUGUGGCCCCGUAG